GCUUCCGACUCUCUACGACACCAGGCACCCGACAACUCCUUGGUUGAUCACCAUCUACCUGUCCUUGCAAUCGCUUCGUCAAAGUGUUACAUCACUCUCAGAUACUUCACCACACGUCAACAUGCAUUUCUUCUCAAUCCUUACGCUGGCAAGCAUCGCCGCAGCCAUUCCGGUCGAUCUUGUUACGCGUCAACUCGACCGCACCGGCACCACCGAGCAUGAGUUCUCCCUCAGUCUUCGCUGUGCCAAGGUCGUGUUUGUGUGGGCUCGAGGUUCGACAGAAUUGGGCAACAUGGGGACUGUCAUCGGCCCACCACUUGGUGACGAGCUGCGGAAAGAGUAUGGAUCAGAUCUGCAGAUCGAGGGCGUCGAUUAUGCCGCUCUGUUGUCCACGAACUACCUGCCUGGCGGCACCGAUCUUGCUGCUGAAUUGGAGAUGAGGGGCAUAAUGAACGAUAUCAAUCGUCGUUGCCCCCAGGCCGUGAUUGUCACUGGUGGUUAUUCUCAGGGUGCUGCAGUGAACCACCGCGCCAUUGAGGACCUGGAUAGCGCUGUCUCGGGCCAGAUAGCCGGCGUAGUCACGUUUGGCGAUACACAGAAUCGGGCAGAUGGCGGCCGCAUCCCGAACUUCCCCACCAAUAAGAUCAAGAUCUUUUGUGGUGGUCUCAUCAGGGACUCGGUUUGUGACGGUAAUCUCGCUGGCGCUGUACUUGCUCCCCAUCUUAGCUACGGAUCAGAUGCAGGGGAGGCUGGAAGGUUUCUCAUUGGUAAGAUCAAUGCGGUCUUGAAGAAGUAAGAUGUACCAGUGAAGAUCUUCAUACAAGAGUAACUUUGUCGGGACUGCUAGAGGUAGCUAGCGGCAGUGUCAAUCGUUUUUGUGUUUUGAGGUGUCCUUAUCCGGGUCAGAUUGAAAUUCUGUUCAGUCGAACAAACGACAGAUAUGACUAAGUCGCUUGGUAUGCAUCUGCGUCG